GCUAUGAAAAAGUAUUUGUUUAUCGUUUUGUACUAUCUUUUAGUGCAUAGAAAAUUGUAAUCUAAUCAGUUAUAUGGGUUCAAUGACAGUCUCCAAGCGAUGCAAUGUAAAUUUCACACCAAUAGAAAACCAGUUCCCCGUGUUUAUUAAGUCAUAUUGUAGUUAUUGUGGCGUAUCCGUGUGUACGAAUAAUGUUUUAGGCUGAAGCAAGAUGAACAAGAAAAUAAUUGACAAUGUUGUACACGGCGGCCCCGCAUUGCGUAUCCCGGGACAUUUGAAUUUUGGCCAGCAUAUCAUCGACAAGUUAAGGGAACAAUGCGAACGCGAAGGCAAAGUUGCUUUGGUCAACGGCGAGACAGGUCAUCAGACCACGUACAGGCAGAUCCUACAGGAUUCCGUGAACGUGGCGACGGGGCUGCGGCGAGCGGGCGUGAAGCGCGGUGACGUGGUGGCGUUCUGUAGCGAGAACAGAGAUGAAUACAUCGCUACUGCCAUCGCAGUCGUCUGCUGUGGCGCCACCUUCACCACUGCCAACUUGCAGUACACCAAAGAUGAAAUGAUACACAUAUUAAAUAUAUCUCGCCCAAAAUUAUUGUUCUGCUCUGAAGCGGCUCUUAAACUGAACUAUAAGGCGUGGAAAUCUUUAUCAUUUAUCAAGAAAAUAAUACAAUUCAAUGGGACGCCUUUGGAGAAGGGAAUCGUUCCUUUCAGCAGUAUACUAGUCCAGGCCAGUGUGGAUGAAUUUGAAGCCGAUGAGGUGCAAGGAUGGACUGAUAAUGUGUUCAUUCUGUACUCCUCGGGAACCACUGGGCUGCCCAAAGGAGUCAUGAUCACCCAUAUCAACGCUUUGUACGGACUUGCCAGUAUUGAAGAAAAAUCUCCUGGUACAAAUGAAGAUAGUGUUAGUAGAAUACAGACCUUAGUUCCUUGGUACCAUGCGUACGGAUUGAUGUCCACCAUAUACUACUUGGCAGUUGGAAAUUACCUCGUUUACUUCGCUGGAUUCAAUCCCGUCAAAUACCUUCAAGCAAUCCAAGAGUACAGGACUAACAAACUUUUAGCAGUGCCGCCAAUCGUGGUCUUUCUAGCGAAGGCUCCUAUACUAGAGAAGUUCGAUCUGUCUUCAGUUACCAGCAUUUGGUGCGGAGCGGCCCCGCUGUCGUCCGAGGUUAUAGACGAGGCUAUGCGACGCCUUCCUAAUUGCAAAGGCAUAUACCAAGCAUACGGCAUGACGGAGACCUCACUGUCGGCCACCUCAGACACAGACGACGAGAGGGUCAAGCCUAAGCCGGGAAGCGGCGGAUAUCCAUUACCUGGUGUAAAAGUUAAGGUGGUGGACACAGAAACCGGUCAGAAGCUGGGUCCGAAUCAGAAGGGAGAGAUCUGCAUCAAGGGCCCGAUUAUAAUGAAAGGCUAUGCGGGUAACAAGGCGGCUACGCAGGCCAUGUUUGACCGCGAAGGGUACCUUAAGACGGGAGACGUUGGUUAUUAUGAUCAGGAUGGAUGCUUCUUCAUUGUCGAUCGCCUGAAGGAACUUAUCAAAUAUAAAGGAAGUCAAGUGCCUCCAGCGAUAGUGGAGAAUGUAGUGCUCCAGCACGAGGCGGUGGCUGAUUGCGGCGUGGUGGGUGCGCCUGACGUGGCCGCCGGGGAGCUGCCCACAGCGUUCGUCACGCUCAAGCCAGGUGCUCAAGCCACCGAGCAUGAGAUCAUUGAAUUUACCAACCAACGGCUGUCUCCCGAGAAGCGCCUGUACGGCGGCGUGAUAUUCGUGAAGCAGAUUCCCAAGAACCCCUCUGGCAAGAUCCUGCGCCGCGUGCUGCGGCAGCAGCUGAAGAAUAUCAAGAAGAGCAAGCUGUGAUCAGCUAUUAGAAUGUAAGAAAAUUAUAUCGCAGGGUGAUAUGUUGUUUUAGUAUAAUAUACUUAAUAAAAAUCUUUUUA